UGGGGCAAGCUGCGGCUGAUAACGACCGUGAAGGGAAAAGUUGACGAGAUAAGGCGGGGUGUCCGAUUUGAGGAGCUAACUCGGACGUUUCAAGACGCUGUCAGGGUCACGCGGCGGCUGCAUACCCGAUACUUGUGCAUCGACUCGCUCUGCAUCAUCCAAGACGACGAGGACGACUAUCUCCGCGAAGCAGCCAAGAUGGCCGAGGUCUACCGGGACGCACAUCUAACCAUAGCUGCCACGGCAAGUUCGGACGGC